AUGUCAAACGCUAUGAAGACAUUGGAGGGCUUCUUAGACAGCCAGAGAAUAAAACUGAUCCUCGAAGGCUUUCACAUUGACUCGAUGCCUGAUCAAAUGCUUCAGCGUGUGGAAGACUGGCUCGAGUGCGACGAUGAAGGAUCUACAUUCAUCUGGCUUCAAGGGCCUCCGAAGUUGGCAGAGCAUCACCAAAACAACAUGUCUAUCCUGGCAGCCAAGAUCAUCGAGUUGGCCUGGGAGGUCAAGCUACGAGAUGAUACUCUAGUGUCAUACUUUUGCAGCAUCAACCGCCAAGACCCGCGCGAGGGUAACCCUUCAAGGGAGGCCGAAGGGGUUGUGUCACUUGUCUACGCAUUGCUGCAUCAGUUCCUUGCUGCAAUCCUUCUCUUUCCCUCUACAGACUCAUCGAGUCAAUCGCGGCUGAUUGCCCUGGAGAAGCGGAUCUCGGGCUUGAACGGAACUAUACGGACCUUGAACGAGGCGCAUUCCGCUUUCGAUGAGGCUGCUCAACUUCUGACCUCGGAUACGGUGUGUGUCAUCGAUGGGCUGCACUGGCUUGACGGACGGGAUACAGAUGAUCAACUCUGCGAGUUAGUGAGACUUCUACGGAAGACUGGCUUCAUGGUUUUGUUCACUACCAGCGGGAGAUCUGGCGCUUUGUUGAACAGAUAG